GCAGCUAACAUUGAGUUAGUCAUAUUAAGCUAACGGCAGCAUCACCUUUAGCUCCCUGUUUUUGGGGUUCACUUCCCGUUUUAGUGAUAGUACGGUCAUUAAUUAGAAAAUGGCUCUGCUAACGCCUUUAUUUGCUUUCCUGUAUCACCUGCCGCAGGUGUACAAGUGGCUGCUGAAGCCCUACUAUAUAGCUUCUCUCUUUAUGUCUGUAGCCUUUCUAGCUGUCCGCAAGACGCCUGGCAUCUGUGACCAUCUGGCCACACAGCGAGAGGACGGCAACUCCUGCGACUUCGACUGGAGAGAAGUGGAGAUUCUCAUGUUCCUCAGUGCCAUCGUCAUGAUGAAGAACAGAAGAGCAAUAACGGUGGAGCAGCAUGUGGGCAACAUCAUCCUGUUCAGCAAAGUGGCCAAUGUCAUCCUGUUCUUCAGACUGGACAUCAGGAUGGGAUUGCUCUACCUGACACUCUGCAUAGUGUUCCUGAUGACCUGUAAGCCUCCACUUUACAUGGGACCAGAGUACAUCAAAUACUUCAGCGACAAAACCAUCGAUGAUGAGCUGGACAGAGACGGUCGUGUGACAUGGAUUGUUGAGUUUUUCGCCAACUGGUCUCCAGAGUGCCAGUCCUUCGCUUCUGUCUAUGCUGAUCUCUCUCUCAAGUAUAACUGUGCCGGCCUCAAGUUUGGCAAAGUGGACAUCGGACGUUAUGGAGAGGUUUCCAAGAAGUACAAGGUGUCGACGUCUCCGCUGUCCAAGCAGCUCCCGUCUCUGGUGUUGUUCCAGGGAGGGAAGGAAGUGAUGCGACGCCCCCAGGUGGACAAGAAGGGGAGAGCCGUGUCAUGGAGCUUCACUGAGGAGAACAUCAUCCGAGAGUUCAACCUGAAUGAACUGUACCAGAAAUCCAAGAAACUCAGCAAGACAAAAGAAGACAAAGUCGGCCAGUCCCAGUUCCCACCAGUCCCAGAGGAAGAGGAGCCAGAGCAGCAGGGAGCUAACGGCCAGAAGGAAGAGACCGAGUCCAAGAAGGACAAAUAGGACGUUUUGUUUCGCUCAGCUUCAACGUCUGGACGGAACUUUUGAGUCCAGGUUAGCUCCUCCACCCCCUCUUUGCGCUCCUCCUCUAAGUGUUCAGUUUAUUCCCUCAUAGAUCAGCACAGCACUGGAGUCAGUGUGGAUCACUGACCGAGAUGGACUUGAUUGAGAGUUCAGCCUCUUUUCAGCACCAUUUACACUAAACCUCCUUUAAACCUAGUAUUUCAACACAUGUGCAGCUACAGUGACCUCGGUCUGUUUUCCCUUUUUAGACCUGAGCCGAGAGAAUAGGUGUACAUGUUAGUGGAGAAGCAAACUGAGAUGCAGUAAACCAGCUGAAGAGGGCUGUAACUCUGUAAAGUGGAAAUGUGCUGUGCUGACCUGCCGUGUUUGUCAGGUUGUCAGCGUCGACACAGCACAUUUCUGAAGCUGUGAAGUCUGAGAGAGUCCGUUAAGUUCUUACUAAUUAACACUGAGGGAGCAAAGAAUGUGAUGUUACUUUUAUUGAUUUAGAUUUUUUACGCAACUAAUGUAAUUCUGAGUAGAUGUUUCUGUUGAAAUCAUUUAAUAACAAACCGUAUAUUCAUGUUAACUAAGUUCUAACUCCAGUUCACACACUGUGUGUGACGUAGAAUUCAUUUUGCAGUGUUAAACGUUCCUCUUGACACAAUAUGGGAGCACUUGUUUAACAUCACCACAUCUGCAUGAGACAGGUGGAGUUAGUCAAGUUUACUUAUAGCUGGACAGCAUCUCCAUUCAUCUCCACAGACUGUGCUGUUGUGGACAGAAGCUCUGCGCCACUGUCAUUCAAACUUUCCUGACAAAAACAUUCCAGCGAUUCAAUUCACUUUAUUUUUUUUUUACAGAUUCCUUCUGUCGUUUGUUUUUACUUUUUUUAAAUUCAUAUUCAUUGUAUUUGUGUAUUGGACUGAGAUGAACACGUCUUCAGCUGUCAGUUAUGUCCAUGUUCAUGCCAUGACGCACAUUUUCUUAUUUGAAGGUUUUAUACUGAUUUGGUACCUAAGGUCUUAUGAUGAUAAUAAUAUUAUAAUAAUUAAAAACUAAAUCAAGUUACAGCCUGUGUAUCUACAGUGUAGUUCCUUAUUGGUUGUCACUAACAAGGUACCUUUUUAUGUUUUUAGCUGUGCUUGAGCUGCACUCUGUGUUUUUUCUCACCCUCUGUGGGUCAGGCUCUGUUUGGAGCUCCCAAAAUUCCCAUGAGCUCUGCAAGUAGAAGGAAGUCAAGAUGCUAUGUGAAUCUGAACAUAGCAGUUUAUUUGUAUUUUAUUUGAUCGUUUGAGCUGGGCAGACACUGUGUUUUGUUUGAACUUACAACACUUAAGAACCGGCAGCUUUAUGCUCCUGCCGUACGGUCCAAUCCACGGGACACGACCUGGGGCUCAUGCUGAACGUAACCACAGAACCCCCAGUUGGUUUCGUCCAAUAAAGUUUAUUCAAACAAGACAUACAUGUCGUCAAUUUUGACAGAAAGAAAGAAAGGCAGCUUCACUGAAUAAGAGGAAGAUGCAGAGAGUGUAGUUUGUGUUCUCCAGAAAAGUUCAGUUUUAUGUCAGUCAAGACCAAAACGGCUCAAACUGCAACUGAAUAUAAAUCUCAGACCAUCAGAUCAUCAAACUGAUCUGGCGUUAAUUCAGCCCCAUUCAUGGAAAUGGAAAGAGUCUGUUGACUGACAUGAUUCCUUUCGGUCAGUCCACGAUCUUGGUUCCUGACUCACAACAAACCUUGACAUUUGAGUUCUGGGGAACCAGAGAAGGUUGGACGGGCUGUUAUUAAAUUUCCAGGUAUCCUACUAACUCUGGUGAGAGAGCGCCCCCCUCUGCUCACAGUUUUAAUUUUUCCCAGACAAAACCAGUGACACUCCCAGCUGAGACCAGGGAUGUCACAGGAAAAGUAAUAAAGCAUUUCCUUAAUUUCAUAUUUUAUAGAAUUUAUAAAUGAAUUUAAUCCAUCAAUAGAUAUUUUAAGAUUUGAAAAUGGCCUUACAAAAACAGCAUAAAACUUUCAUUAAAUAAAUUAUUUAUAAAUACUUUGAAUUCAUGAAUAGAUAGUAGAAUUUGAAAAACUAUUUUGAAAAAGAAUUUGAUGGUAAAACAUUCCUUUUUCCAGCUGCUUCUCCCAUUAACUAAUUGUUUAGCUCAGUCAUUUAGCUUUAGCCUUCCUGUGACAUUCUGGGCCUUCAGUGCUGGUAAAACCCCCUGGUUAGCUCUCCAACCAAUCACAGAGCUUUCAUUAAUAGAUGUGUUUAUAAAUGGUUUAUAUUAUGAAUGUUUUGUGCAGCUUUUCUAAAUCCAUUUUUAAAUCUGAAGUAUUUUAAUUGUUCAUUUAUGAAUUCUUGAAAAGGGAAUCCAGUUAUUUAUUCGCAUUUUAAGAAUACCUUUUUCAAGUAGAUUUUUAAAUUCUAAAUAAAAGUAUAAAUGGUUUAUUUAUUGAGUUUUUUUUUUUGUUUGUUUUUUAAAUCGGAAGUAUUUCAAUUAUAAAUUCUUUACAAUUCCUAUUUUUAAUGCCUAUUAAAAUAUGAAAUUACGGAAAUGCUUUUUUACUGUUCCUGUGACAUCCCUGGUCCUCCAUACCCAUCAGCCUCAGCUGCAUGCUAAACUAAAGUGGUGAACAUUAUACCUACUAAACAUUAGCAUGUUAGCAUUUUGCUCAAAGCACUGUUGCUCCUAAGUUCAGGACCUUCUCCCAUGGUUGUCGACUGUAAGUGUUUAUAGUCUAUAAGAAAACUGAGUCCUCCCCUGCUAUCAUUGAUGUGUUCAUUUAUUACAAAUCCUGCACAUUUAAUACAGUUUUAGCCUGGGAAGAAUGAAAACAGAAAUGUUUGACUAAUGAAACUAUAAUUAAAUGAAAUGAACUAUAAUGAAAAACUAAGUGAGAUUCCAUUCUUUUAUUUUGUCUGUCAAGUUUGGCGAUGAGAUUGUGAAUUUAACUAAUAACUAAUGUAACAGCAGAGAUUGAGCUGUGCACGGGUCUGAAACCAGACUGCUGAGGGAAAUGUAACACAAUUAUAUAAUUAUAUUAUCAUCCUCAUCAUCAUCAUCAUAGCAUUUUGAUCAUUCUUCUUUGCCACCGUCACCAGGUGCUUGCUCCUGAAGGAAUGAUGGUUAUAAAGACGCGGUCUACAUUCAACGCCACAUAAAUCAAUUGAACAUUUUAGUGAUGAUGACCAGGAGUGUACUCAGACUGUAAAUACAUCAGUCAGAAAUCAUCCACCACCCGUCUUCAGAUCAGGUGAAGAGUGUGUCAGAUCUCCUUAGUGCUGACAGAUGGAGUUACAUCAUGAUGUGACGUCACUGAAUUAAGCCGUGUGUGUGUGUGUGUGGGUGGCUGCGUGUGCACGUGGAUCCUGGAACCCUCACACUGGCUUUGCAUUUCCACAUUUUCAUGAGUCAUGUCGGCCAAUCAGAAUUAUGUUAAACACUCGUCAUGUGUAUUGAUCGGCUGAGCACUGGACCAACCAGUGAUGAGCUGAGGUGUCUGUUUGCAGCUUCACAUCACAUUUCAGGAAUGUCCACUUGUGUUUUUUUUAUUAUGGCAUUUGAAUUUUCUCUCAUCAAUUCCUGUUAUUUCUCUUUGUUGAUAACAUUCCCAAUCAUGACUUUGAUCUUUUAAACUGUGAGACUGUAUUUAGAUUUGCUUUUUGAUCACACUGAGGUUUUAUCCCUGAUUCAUUAUUUUAUUACUGAAGCUGUUUUUCAUUUUUAAUUUCAUUUGUCAGGUUUCAUUUCAUCUGAGCUGCACUCCAACACUUGUAUGUAUAUUUGCUCCUGUCUGACGUCUGUUAUUCAUGCAAUAAAACAAUGUGCACAUGAAAA